AUGUCAACUGCAUCAACGCUUAUUGAGACAACAGUGACACCAACUUUGUCUCCUACAAUAGAAACUACAACAAUGCCAACUAUUUCUAAAACUAAUCAAACAAUUCAUUUGAAACCUACAAUUAACUCCUGCAGAUGUGACUUGACACUCAACUGUGACAAGUAUUGUUGUUGCGAUCAAGAAUGUUCCGACGAAAUUUUGAUGAGCUUUGAUUGUGAAAUAAAUAUUGAGGAUUAUUAUCAUGGUGAAGGCUUAGAACGUUGUGAGACUAGCGAUAGCUUGCUCUGUGUCGUUAAAGACAAUUACAGUCCUAAUUAUUAUAUUAAGCAACCACCGAUUAAAUAUCCAAAGUAUAGUUGGCACAUGUCACCAUCCAAGAAUGAAAUUAACGAUGAAAAUGAUCAAACCUACUACGCUUAUGGAGAUGUUUUGCUUGCUUAUGAUGCAAAAACCAUGCAAAUUGAAACAUUUAAAAUUCCAAUGUCUCUUGUCGGCGAUUCCUGCAGCAAUCUUGAACCGAUAAGGUUUCUCAUCGAAAAGAAAACACAAUGUUUAAGAUCAUUGAGUGAUAUGUGUGCUUAUAACAAAUAUUUGUUAAAGCGAUUGAUGAAUUUCAAUGUUUUUCACCGGCCUUGGAAAGCGAAUGAAGUCAAAUCAACAACUGAACUUUUCAAAUUUUCAAUCAUGUCUUGUACAGAAACAUUCAACAAUUGUACAUCACUUACUUUCAACGACGACGACGAUGACGAAGAAGAGAAUUUCGAACUGAUUAGCAGUGUUGGAUUUGACAUUCAAAUUUUGUUUGAUACCAACGGCACAAAUAUUUCUUCAAUGACGGCAAUGUUGUUAACACACGACGAGAUGGUCUGUGGUGGAAUGGAAGAAAUGACUUCAACCAAAUUUAUUCAAAAAUUUGAAGUCAAAUUUUUAAGAAACAAAAAUCAGACAAGAGACAAAACAUAUAAUGAAGGAAAAAUUGGCUAUAGCACAAAUGAUCUGAUCAUCGCAACAAUGUUAAGACCUUUGAAUAUUUCAUCACCAGAUGGAGAAUCAAUUCUUGAAUAUUUUCAUAAUGAAACAUCAGAGGACAAAGAUUUCCAUCUUAAGAUCCCUGAAAGUGUUGAUGGAAAAUGUGUUUUAAAUGAUCAAAUCAAUGACAAGCUUCAUUUUAACGAAAAUUCAUUAACAAAUUGUAGGAUUGAAAUGACAUAUUAUGAGAAAUAUAACAAAACAUUAUGUCAGCAAGUUCAAGAACAAGCUUUGCACCAUCUCUUCGAUCACAUGAAUUUAACUGCCAAUUAUUCCGAAAAUCAUAAAUAUUUUGCUUCCCGAUUUCGAUUACCACGCUUGGAUAUUGAUUCGUGGACUGAAAUCGAUAUUCAAAACUUACCUAAUUUGAAUCCCGAAUUAAAGGAAGAAGAAAAUUCGGUUUCAUGUGAAAGCAUUGCAACAUCGAUCAAAUAUUCGUUUUAUUCAUCACGCAAGAGAACAGGUGGAAAAAGAAAGUAUGAGAACGUUCUUGAUAACUUGGAAAUAAAAUUCGGAACAACUUGUCUUAAGUUUGAUUUAAAGUCUGAAAAUGUAACAUCAGAGAUGACCCUUCUGACCAAAGAUAAGGCAAUUAAUUUUAAUAUACAAAUUCAAAUGAAUUUUUUUCAAAACGAUGACAAAAUGAUGAGUAACAAUGCCAGAUACUUCAGUGGUUGUCAAUUAAUCUUAGAUUUUUUUUAA